UUCUUUCAACUGGUAAGAGCUGCAUGCAAACUAAAUAGACAUAUACACUGUUCCCACCCUUCCCAUGUGCUUGUAUCCCAGAUAAUCAUCUCUGAAUGCAGCACCCUAAUUCAUGCUGUUCCCUGUUUCCACUGAUGGGGAUUAUGAUUGGGAGAAACUGACACCGCCGUUUGAGGAUGUGUGGAGGAUCAUGCGGUCGGUGAAAGAUGACACCGGACAGAAUCUGGUGAUGCUGCUGCUUAACCACAGUUGAAUCAUGGGAAAUGUGGAGAGUCAGAAUGGGGACAGUGGAUUCUACGGCGAUGUGACGGGACAUCUCUCCCGGAAGCACACGUCCCGGUCACUCCGUCUCUCCAGCAAGCAGCCAAUCACCCGCCGUGCCCGGCACUCUUCUUCAGUGAAACAAGAACACAGAAACUCUGAAGCCUCAACUCGCUCCUCAAGCACCCCUAGCAUCCCACAAUCCUUAGCAGAGAACGGACUGGAACCUUUCAACGCGACAGAUGCGUUUGAGGAGUUCGGCAUCAACCCUCACUGGACACAGCGCGUCGCUAUGACAAUGAGGCCGGAGUCCUAUCAAAAUGAUGACGACCCCUUGGCCACUCCAACUCCUGAAACCUCCGAGGCAGACACUGUCGCUCAGGAUGGAGGCGAGGACUCCAUGGGGGAGGGAGAGGGAGACGUGGUUGGAGAGGAAAGGUACCUCCAACGAAUGACUGAGGGUCCACGUGAGGGAGGUAGUUUUAAAAAGAAGCGGUCCAAGUCAGCAGACAUGUGGAGAGAAGACAGCCUGGAGUUCUCUCUGUCUGAUCUGAGCCAGGAGCAUCUGACCAGCACGGAGGAGAUGAUAGAUGGAGGAGAAGAAGAGGAGGAGGAGCAGUUCACACGCCCCAGAGCCAAUGCAGGCUCAACUGAAAGGGCAUCAUCUCUAGACCAUCUGUGCAGCCAGCAGAGUCCUGGCCUCAGGGGACAGAAGAGCCGCUACGCAAAACAUCGGAGAGAGACUGAGUGCGAUGGAGAAGGGGAGGAGGGGCUGAUGUCUCCAGCCGAGGAGGAUGGCGGCGGGUAUGGAGCAUUCACGCUCCCCUGCAGACGCUCCCACUGCCUGUCUGAGGGCUUAGCAGGGCUCGGCAUCCCGGCUGCACCGUGCCCUGCUUUCCAAGGACGCCGAGCACAAACUACUCAGGACAUCUCUGGUGUUUUGGGCGAGGGCAGUGAGUAUGGCGACAGCGGCAUUGAUGGCGUAACCAUGGAGAUAGACGGUGACGGAGAGUUGGUGUCACGGCGCUGUAAGGCCAUGUCUGCCUCUUUCUCAGUAUACUCGGCUACUGAGAGCAGCGUUUUCAACGGGAGCGACAGUGGGAGCAGCAGUGCAGGAGGAGGAGAAGGAAGAAGCGGAGAGGGAGGCAGGGGAGGAGUGUAUGAGAAUUUCCGGAAGGAGCUGGAUAAUCAAGCCUGGGCACAUCAGGGUCGGGACUGCACGGAGGAGGCUUGCUCCGCUGUGAGUGAUGAGCAGAGCAGUGGCACACUCAGUUGUGCGUAUCCAUCGGACACUCCGAUUGGCUGUGCACAAGGCAUAGUCAGGAAAGCAGGGGCUCUGGCUGUGAAGAACUUCUUGGUUCAUAAGAAAAACAAGAAGGUGGAACCUGCAACACGUCGCAAGUGGAAACACUACUGGGUCUCUCUCAAAGGCUGCACUCUCUUCCUGUACGAAUCAGACGGUCGUUCUGGCAUCGACCACAACAGUGUUCCUAAACAUGCACUGUGGGUGGAGAACAGCAUUGUUCAGGCUGUCCCUGAACACCCCAAGAAAGACUUUGUCUUCUGCCUCAGCAACUCAGUGGGAGACGCUUUUCUCUUCCAGACGUCAGGCCAGACAGAACUGGAGAACUGGAUAACGGCGAUCCACUCUGCAUGUGCAUCUGCUUUGGCCCGGCAGCAUCACAGGGAGGAUACGGUGCGACUGCUGCGAACCGAGAUCCGCAAGCUGGAGCAGAAGAUUGACAUGGACGAGAAGAUGAAGAAGAUGGGAGACAUGCAGCUAUCCACCGUCACAGACGGCAAAAAGAGGAAGACCAUACUGGACCAGAUCUUCCUGUGGGAGCAGAACUUGGAACGGUUUCACAUGGAUCUGUUCCGCUGUCGGUGCUACCUGGCCAGUCUGCAGGGCGGCGAGCCCCCCAACCCCAAACGCCUGCUGGGCAAUGCUUCGCGUCCCACCAAGCUGGCCAUGGGACGACUGGGAAUCUUCUCUGUCUCUUCCUUCCAUGCACUGGCCUUGCUUGCAAUGAAGGCCAUGAACAAAGUUGCGAGCCACAUCAAUGAGAUGCAAAAGCUUCAUGAGGAGUACGGUGCGGUUUUUGACCAGCUCAUCAAUGAACAAACUGCAGAUAAAAAAGAGGUGGCUGACCUGUCGAUGGGGGAUCUUUUGCUGCAUUGUACUGUGGUGUGGAUCAACCCUCCAGCCUAUUUGGUCAAGAGCAAAAAGGAUACUGAAUUGGCUGCUUUUGUGUUCAAAACAGCAGUUGUAUUUGUGUACAAAGACUGCUCCAAGCACAGGAAAAAAAUCGGUGGAACUCACCGUGCGACUGUGAGCGAUGACAAAGAUCCUUUCCGUUUUCGUCACAUGAUCUCAACGGACUCUCUGCAAGUCCGCUCCCUUGCAAACUCUGAGGGAACGUCAGUGUGUGAGGUAGUUCACACAAGAUCUGAAUCUGAAGGAAGACCAGAGAGAACCUUUCAGUUGUGCUGCAGUUCUCCAGAUAGUAAGAAGGACUUCCUAAAAGCAGUCCACUCCAUCCUUAGGGAAAAGCAGCGCCGCCAGCUUCUUAAAACAGAGUCUAUGCCACCCAACCAGCAGUAUGUCCCAUUUGGGGGCAAACGUCUAUGUGCCCUCAAAGGGGCACGGCCCGCCAUGAACAGAGCAGCUUCAGCACCAUCACGAACGUUAUCCCAUAGGAAACUCGUGAGGAGCCGCUUCACAAUCGAUACAGACCUGGUUUUCCAUGGCGGCGGCAACAACAACAACAGCAAUGAUGCAGACCCCUCCCGCCACUCUUCCUGCUCGCAGCUGUCCCAGCAUACUCUUCAGUCCCGUAAACCUCAAGAAGAGGACACGGACCGUUGGGUGGAAGAGCAGUUCGACCUGGGUUGCUAUGAAGACCAGGGUGAGGGCAUCAACAUGGGGCAGCUGAAGGAGACGGACAUUCUGAGCGACGACGACGAGUACUGCAAGUCUGUCCGGGCCGCGUCAGCAGAACCGGCCGACCUGGAGAGGAAGAUAGAAGGACUCAAACUACAGGGCGGAGAGGUGAGGAGCCACAACCUGAAUGGACGAGUAGAGACCCGAAGUAUAAUGCAGGAGGAGGAAGUUGAUCGAAUAAAGCACGUUAAUGAUUCAGGCUCGGUAGACUCAUUCACCUCCUGCGGUGUCUCUCUGUCCCGCCGUGCAACCCCGACUAUAAAGCUUGCCCCCUUGAAGUCCCCUUGCCCCCCUUGUGCUGUGGUGGGGACCACAAACAAGGACCAUGACGUCAUCUGGGUACGGCGGGACGAGUUUGCUAACGGGUGCAACAGUGACGUCUUCUGACGGGAGAGAGAGAUUGGAUACAAGCUUUAAAUAUGUCGAGUUUGGAGGAGAAAAUGUGUAAAGAAGGUAUCAGACCUCAGCCAGUCCUCCCUGUGUCACUGCACAACCCUCUUCUUCCCACCUUACCUGCUUCUUCCUUGUUCUGACAAUCCUAAAGAACUGAAACAACAAAGUGAGUAAGGAGAAGUUAAUAACGCACCACUUCAUUUGUUGAGCCCUAGAGAUUCUCAUCCUGAACUGCUUAAAAGUGCACCAGAAAGAAUACAGGUUCCUCACUGUUUUGGACAUGCACCCGGGGAUCACACAACACCUGUGGAAUUGUAUUUAAAUGUAUGACCAAGACAGCACUGCAUGUACACUCAAGUAGACAAGCAAUUGUGUGUAUGUAUACUGUACGUGCUUAUAGUGCACAGACAGAGACUCUAGGCAGCUAGUGUACCAUGCACGCAUUGUACUGAAGCGACGUCAUCACUGAACUGUGACCUUGUGGCCAAAAAUGUCUAUUUUUCAACACAGGAAUGUGGGUGUUAUAUUUUUUUGACUCAAACUGUUUGUAUUUUAACACUCAAGGGCUGUGUGUUAUUGAACUUCUCUUCAGGGGCUUUUGGCUUAAAGACUGCUGUGUAGCAUACGGUGAGAUCCAAAUAGCUUUAUUGUGCUUUUUUGUUUGUUUUAACUUAAUAUCAGCUGCACAUUGGUGUAUAGUUGGGAGUACAGUAGAGUGCUUUUAACUUUUAUGAACAUGUUUUAAGGCUCAUUUGUCUCCUAGCAUAUAGUUUUUAUUGUCUACCUAUUCUUUAUUUAAGUAUUGCCUUUUUACUGUAAUUUUUAACAUUUACCCCACAUUCAAUUGCCCAGUGUUACAAACCACCUUUUGUGUGUUUAGUAACAGAAACAAGCUUGGGGAGAACCAACGCUUGUGCCCUUCACAUGAAUGUCCGGUCUCUUAAUUUUUGUUGCUCAAAUUAAAAAGCCAUUGUCAUUUUAGUAAUUGAUGGAUUUCAUCAAGGACAUUAAUAUACUGGACCCUUUCUUGCCCCCACGGGCUGUGCUCUCUCCAUGCUCCAUGUCCUUGAUAAAUAGCAUAAUUCCUACACAAUCCUGUUUUACUUGAAUUUUCUUUUUGUUUGUUUUGAAAGGAGGUACUCAACAGAGCUGUGUUAGUGACUGUACUGUAAAGCUGAUGAUACAUGGGGCAACUUUUUGAGCAAUGCUGCUGGGCAAUCUUGCUAGUGGCAAGUCCAACUAUGUUUUGAAUGCAUAGCGGCGGUGCAGGGCAGGUUGCGGCGUUUUGGGGGAAGGGGAUUACAGUAGUAGUCUUUACUCAUUACCACUGACGGCAACGUUGCCCUGCACGAUUGCUCUAAAAGUUGCUCAGUGUAUCAUCAGCUUAACUCCAAGGAGAAGGGCAAUCAUGCAGUUGCCCUGUCAUCCUCUGACCAAUUCAGAUAUCUUUUUCUGCUCUCUCCAGCUCCUUUUAGACCUUUUGGUCAUGUCAAGGAGCAUCACAACCACAAAGAAAGCUGGCUGAGACAGACUUCACAUCAUAACGUUUGACAUCAAUCCCUACAAUAUUGCCAUCUCAACCCUCCUGCAUUUCUUCCCCUAUCCGCCAGGCUGUGCUGUUUCACUGGUAUUACCACAACAUGCUGACUGCCUAGAUCACAGAGUCAUGCGCACAUUAAUGGAUGUAUACAUGCACUUAAUAACUGUGAAGGGAGAAAUCUGCAAGCUAAUGAGUGUGAGUUGUGGAGGGAAACUAUACACUUUGGAUGUUCUUAUUGUCUUUUUAUUAAUAUGCUGGUUUCUUAGAUUUUAGCUUACUGGGUGAUGAUGCCCAGUAAAGAUGUUACGACUGUGAGGUACAAUCACCUGGCCUUGGAGGCAAAUCCUGUGAGAACCCCUUUGACUCCUCCCUUUGUACUUUUUAAACUGUGUUCGUACAUACAACUGUGGAGUAUUAUCAUUUCUAUGUUAAAAUAAAUUUUCUAAAUUUA